UCUUACGCUCCUUUUCUCUCUCUCUCUCUCUUGCUCUCUCUUCCCUCUCUGUAGCUGGAUUCGGAGGCUGCGGACAUCUUGAAUGACCUGCAGGUCAAACUGGCCACCGUCCUGGACAACCUGAGCGCCAUGUUCGGCAAGAGUUUCCAGGCCCGUCUCACCGUCUGCAUGCGUCAGAUGGCAGAGAUCCUGUACCAGAUCAAAGGUCAUCCCAACCGUCAGACAGCCGAGGCCGACGCUGACAACAUGCUGAGGCCUCUCAUGGAGUUCCUGGAUGGAAAUCUGAGUCUGUUUGCUGACACCUGUGAGAAGACGGUUCUGAAGAGAAUACUGAAGGAUCUGUGGAAGAUCGUCCUCAGCAGCUUGGAGAAGACCAUCAUCUUACCGCCGAGCAACGACGGCUUCGGAGCUCAGAUACUGACUGCUGCCAAGGGACUGUCCAACCUGAAGGGCGGGGGUGAGGCCAAAAGCCUGACGCCCAAACAGUGUGUCAUCAUGGAUGCCGCACUGGAAACCAUCAAGCAAUACUUCCAUGCGGGAGGUAAUGGUCUGAAGAAGGCCUAUGUGGAGAAGAGUCCUGAGUUAACUUCGCUGAAAUAUGCUCUGUCCCUCUACUCUCAGAGCACUGAUGCACUAAUCAAGAUCUUUGUAACUACACAGCACGCACAGGUUCAUAAUGGGAUGGGCAUCAGGAUUACCCCCAGUGAGAAGGUUCGGCCAGACAGAGGUUCAGGAGUGGAGAAGCCUGUUGGUGAGGCCCAGAUCCAGAUAGACAUGGUGCCUCCAGGCAAAGACAAAAUCCACAAGGUCAACAUCAGAGUGAUAGCGGUGAAUGACAUGAGGUGGCAGACAUCAGGGAUGUUCCGUCCCUUCGUGGAGGUCAAUAUGAUUGGUCCACUCCUUGCCYCCCAGAAGAGGAAGUUCACUACCAAGUCYAAGAAUAACAGCUGGACAGCCAAGUACAAUGAGGCUUUCCAAUUCAGUCCUGGGUAA